GAAAUAGUGGUUUGCAGUUCCUACACAUGAUCUGUCAAAAGACCAACACGGAAGUAAAGUAGCUUAGCUGUUUUUUCUGCUGUCGCUCUUAUCAUGUGAGUUUCAGGUGGGGCAGGACUUGGUAGGUACUGGAACUUCCAGUCUGGAAGAACUGCAAGGGACUUUCCAUCGGAGAAAGUAUUGCAGUUAUUACAGAGGAGACGUUGCUGCUCAAUUUAAGUGAUCAUUUCCCCUCAGCUGUUACUGUAUUCACUGUCAGUUUCCUCCAAAGCGUUGUUUCAGACAAAAUACCUCAAGACAGUGACCCGAACUUUUGUAGCGCAGCAUUGCAUCUUUUUAAUUCUUUUUUAAGAUAUUUUCUUCUCCAGGAGACGGAUCAUGAAGAUAGCCACUUCACCGGGAGCACUGUCUGUCCUCUUAAGCCUGACGGGUGGUCUUUUUGAUGUAGCCCGAACUCAUAAGAGUCACCCCAGUAAUGGAUAUACACCCGAUUGGAAGUCGUUGGACGCUAGACCCUUACCUGCCUGGUUCGAUGAAGCCAAGUUUGGUAUCUUUAUUCACUGGGGUGUGUUCUCAGUACCUAGUUUCGAAAAUGAGUGGUUUUGGUAUAACUGGCAUGAAAAGCAUAACUCUACAGUGAACUUCAUGAAAAAAAAUUACCCUCCAGGUUUUACUUACGCUGAUUUUGGACCCAUGUUUACAGCAGAGUUCUUUGAUCCACACCACUGGGCAAAUGUCUUCCAGCUUUCAGGAGCCAAGUAUGUUGUUUUCACAAGUAAACAUCAUGAAGGAUUUACCAACUGGGGCUCAAAAUACUCUUGGAAUUGGAAUUCUGUCGAAGUAGGUCCUCAUCAGGAUAUUGUAGCAGAACUUGCAGAUGCAGUGAGAAGCAAGAAGUUGCACUUUGGUCUAUAUCAUUCUUUACUUGAGUGGUACCAUCCCCUGUAUUUGAAGGAUAAAGAAAAUGGAUUUAAAACUCAGUACUUUGUUUUCUCCAAAACUAUGCCUGAGUUAUAUGAACUGGUUAUAAAGUAUAAGCCCGAAGUGAUUUGGUCAGAUGGUGAUUGGGAGGUAGAGGACACAUACUGGAAUGCAACUGAUUUCCUAGCCUGGCUUUACAACUCCAGCCCUGUCAAGGAUAUAGUGGUAGUGAAUGAUCGCUGGGGAAGUAACAUUCGAUGCAAACAUGGUGGAUUCUUCAACUGUGAUGACAAGUUCAGCCCAGGCACACUUCAGUUUCACAAGUGGGAGAUGUGCACUUCCAUUGACACGCAUUCUUGGGGAUACAGAAGAACAAUUAAAGCAGCAGAACUUCAAAGUGUAAAAACUAUUAUAAAUGAACUUGUAAAGACUGUAAGCUGUGGAGGAAAUUAUCUUCUAAACAUUGGACCAACAAAAGAGGGUACAAUUAUUCCUGCCUUUGAGAAGACAUUAUUAGAUAUUGGAACAUGGCUUGAUGUCAAUGGAGAGGCCAUAUAUGCAACAAAGCCAUGGAGAGCUCAGAAUGAUACUGUCACUCCUAAUGUAUGGUAUACAUCCAAAAAUAAUACAGUAUAUGCUAUUUUCCUGAAGUGGCCAAUGAAUAGUUCUUUGGAACUUGGAGCUCCAAUUACAUCACUGAAAACAGAGAUGUCCUUGUUAGGCUUUGAAGGAAGCAUCACCUGGAAACCUGUUGACCCUCAAGGACUAAUAAUCAGUCUUCCAUUGCUGACAGUGAACCUCCUGCCGUCCACUGAAGCCUGGGUCCUAAAAUUCACUGGAGUGCAAUAAAUAUAUCAUGCUGUUGUUUAAGAAUGAUUAUUUUACAUUCAUGUGAUUGUAUCCUAGAAAAUCCUAAAGCUCAAUUGCAUUUUUAUUUGGACACCAGUAGCCUACAAUAAUUACUUUCUAAUGUGUGCUAUCUCUUGUUUAUUAACUAAAAAGUUUAAAUGGGGAAAGGUUGAUUUUUAAAUUCAUAUGGAAUGGUAAGAAAAUUCUGUUUAUUUUAAUCCAGUUUUACUUCUGGCAUGCUGCUUCUAGCAUGUUUACUUCCACACCAGUUUCAUUUGAAUUUGUCCUUUGAGUCUUAAUUUAUUCCCGUAAGUAAAAUCAGUCAAAGUUUUCACAGGGGUGGAAGUUAAAUCCAUGUAAUUGUUGUGUUUCUCUUAACUGUUUAAUCUGUUUAAUGUAAGUGCUAUGCUGUAUCUAUCCAUACUAAUUCUGUAAUUUAGUAGCUACGUUUGUAGCAUAUGAUUUUUCCAGUAAGUGCCUUCAUUAUUGCUGACUUGUAAAUAUUAAAUAUUUAAAGUUAGUUGGAUUGUACUGAUGAGCAAGUGAAAACACUUUUAUAAAGGAUGACAUAUGAUUGCAUUCAAAGUUGGUAGUUCUGCAUAGUAUCUUAAAGUUUACUCAGAAGUUGCCAAAAUAACAAAUGAUCAUUAAGUAUAUUUGCUACAAGAAUUACACAUAUGAAAAAUGUAUAGGCUAAAGGUGGAUAUCUGUUCCCCAGCCUGAUCUUUAAAGGAAUCAGACUUCCUUAUGGAUGCCUGGGAAAGCAGAAAUACAUCCUGAAUAAGGACUGUUAAUAAGGGCUUGGGUAUGAACCUGCUCGGCUCUUUUAAUUUGUGCCAGGAGUAUGCGGCUUAUCUGCUAGGGCUCACUCUUGAUGGUGUUAAGUGCAAACCUUCCAUUAUGUCCUUAUUUUAUUAGAGAUUAAUGUUUUAUAGGUGUGGUGCUUUUACUAAUGAUGUCCCAAGAGAAAAUCACUAAUUGCCAUUGUGGGUGGUUCCAGUAUGAAACCUUCAGUUAAAAGAUGCUAAGAAACUAAAAGGGCAAACACACUUACCCAAAAUAUCAAAAGAAUUAAAUCUCCAACUGUAAGUGUUUUUUGCAGUGGAGCAAGCCUCACUGCACUUCCCAUAUAGUGGGCAUGAGCCCCACACCAUCUGAAGUCAUUUAGUUGAGAAACAAAACCUUUGGAGGGUAACAACAUAAAAACAACACAUUUGGAGACUUCUGGUCAUCAUGCAAAGAAAUGAAAAGUAAUACAGCAAACAUUAGGAGCACAUGUAAGAGCAUGCACUGAGAGCCCAGGUGUGUUUAGAGAUUCAUCUUCCUCUAGCAGCUGGUGUUGGGAUGUGUGCUUCCUCUCCACAGGCUAAUGUCUACUCUCAUUCCUCAUUUCUCCCUUUUGGCUCGCUACCUUAACAAGGUUUUAGGAUAGGUUGAAAUAAAGUUAUAGGCUUCUGCAACACUGAAUAUGAUGGUUAGUAGGGCACCUAAUGGUUGAUUUUUCAACAGUGGAAAAAGCCCCCCCCCCCCCAAAAAAAGCUCCUAAGUUUGUGUCACAAGAUGUUACUGAGCUUCCUUUGCUUUGUUGUGGAGACUCCCUUAUUUUUUUCUGGUGGUGUUAUUGGGCAUUUUGGAGACUAGACAUCUGUGAUGCAGAUAAAAUGGGUGCUUGAUACCUGAAUACUUGACCCUAUUGUGUCCAAGAAUUGGAGAUUAGUCAUCUGGUUACCUCCUUCUGCUUCUUUUACAGGAACUAAUUUAACAAAGAUUUGCCCAGGAGUAUUUUGCUAUUUUGCAAAUGGUGGCUAACAUUUCAGCAACCACUUAAAAGCCUUCCGCACCAAGGACUUCUGCUUUUAAAAAGAGAAAAAAAAAUAUUUCCAUCCACUUGUUCCCUUCAUCCAGUUCUGAGGAAGAUGAAGAGUCCCCAUCUUAUUCUUGUAGAAUGGUAUCUCCCAUUAGCUUAGAUGCUGACUGUUAUGGAGGAGAAGUCCCUUUAUUCUACCCUUCCCAGGAGGAUGUCUUCUUCAGAGGAACUUUAAAUUUAAUAAAGCCUUUCUGUCUUUGUGCAGAAAUGCAAUGUGCUUUUCUACUGAAGCUUGGGGUAGCAUAUCUUCCAUUACUUCCUGUAUGUUUCUUCAUUCUGAGAUGCUGAUUCUGUGUCAUGUUUGCUAAAGAAACCAGAUAGCUUUUUCAGGCUGAGGAGCACUACAAAUAUCUGAAUGAAAAUGCUUUGGCCGACUCUGCUUUUAUUGACCUCCAUGUCCUUGAUGGGUCAGAAGAAAUACAACUGCUCACAGUUCUCUGCAAGUGAUAGAAAAAGUAGAGUCCUUAAUAGAUUUGGUGACUGGGUUUGUACAUCUACUUUGGCAUUACAACUGUAAACAAUCAACCUUAUGAUAGUACAUGAGGGAAAAAUCCUGAAACAUUUUAGUGACCUGACUAAAGGCACUGAUGGCCUUUGUGUCAGGGAAACUUUUUAGAUUGAUGCAAACAAAUAAUAGGUUUGGUACAUACAUUAUAAAAUGUGUGUCUGACACUGCAUUUAUUAGUUUUAGACCUACUACUUUUGGUAUUGUCUUAAGACAAUCUGCUUAACUCAGAACACAACUUUUCCCUGUUGAUGUGAGGGCCAACUUUUGAAUUUAUCACAGGGCCAUAGCCUGUUGUUUAGGGCAUCUUCUCAAAGAAAGAAAAAGAAAAAAAGUUACAGUAGAAGGCUUAAUGUUGUGUAGAAUAUGAAAUAGAUGUUUCAGCCUCCCAUCCCAAAUCUGUUCAGAAAGUGUUCCCAAAAGCACAAACCAGAGCUUAGCUAUGCAAGUCGAAGAGAAUGCCAGAAAAGAAGCCUGAAUCCAAACCACAGCAGCAAGAAAAGGGCCCAGCUAAUGAGACAGGUGUUUUGGAAGCAGCCACUGGCAGUCCUUCACAUCAUGUUUUCCAGUCCCACCACCCCCUUGGAGGAGGAAGAGAUACAAUUUUACAAGUCACAGUUUUAGACCCCAGGUCACAUAAGUAGUUUGAGUUAGUGUAGUACACGCCACAGAAUUUUCUGCUGCUCUAGGAACCCAGGAACCACCACCUGUACUCCAGGAGGUCAGAUUCAAUUAACUGUCUCUUUGAUAAAACUACUGGAGAGUCGCUCAGUACAAAACCAGCACAUUUGGGAGAAGAAGUGUGGGUCUUUAUUCAAGAUUCUUCUUGUACCAAAAAAGAAUGGCCAUUGAAGACCCACAAUUUAACCAUUUCUGCAAAAACAAAAUGCACUGGGCAUGCAGCAUAAAGAGGGGAAAGCCCCAGAAUACACAGAUAACCCACAUUUGACUAACAGCACAGGCUCUUAGGAAACAAAGUGGGGGAGGAUUAGCGUGAGCAGCUAUUGCCAGCUUGCCCAUCAUAGGGAGAGGGAGGUAGAUCAGUUCACUGCAUUGAGAAAAUUGUGUGAGUGCAUUUGCAUUAUCUGUAGCAAGGAACUCUGUGUUCCAGUGCUGCAUAGCAGUGGGCUGCUUGGGCAGGAGCUAAGGGUGGAGAAGACAAAGCAAGUCCACAGGAUCAACAGACUAACUUACCCCCCAGCACCGAACUCACCACCACAACCAGGAAACAAAGGAGUCUUAGGGCUCUUGGCCUGAUGGGAGAAAGAAUGGGUCAUUUGGAUGCAGAAAGGUGGAGUCUUUGGAUAGAUUAAGAGGACCCAUUAAAUAGUGCAAAAUGUUGAUACUGCAAGGACUACUUUAUCUUUUGAUACAACAUAGCUUGAUUUAACCAUGGCCUUUUCACAAUGCUCGUAUUAAUAUCUUUAUCCACAAAGCUUAAAGUGAAAAAUGACAUUUUUGUGAGGUAACUUCCUUUGCCAGUUCACAUUCUACUGCACACAUGGUGUUUGCCAAAUGUCUUUACUGUACUGUCUGCACACCCCUGGCUAAUUUGACUUCAAAUCUGUAUUAUUUCAAUGACUGCAUGAGUCAAGGCAGUCUUCAUCAAUGUCUCCACUUUUGCACCAGAUAAAACUACAACUACAACCCUGGUGAUCCAAGAUUAGUUUAGUGGUUCAGGUGCCUGUUGAAGCUGGCUUGGGUGAGGAGAGGAAUGAUGCAUCUUUGCCAGCUCCUGUUUCCUCUGGAUGAGGGGGUGUAGGAGCACAUGCUCAGGAUACACAUUCCUGUAAUUGAAUCCCCAAUAGAGACCCCAUGGGAGUGCUAGCAUGAAGAUGGAGAGCACGGCUGUCCUGAGGUGCAAGUGACAUGCCUUCAGUAAUGCCAGUUGCAUGCCAAACCCUAGUCAUUGUUAAUGAGCAUGCACAGUGGAGUUAAGGCCAUAAAAGCAAGUUGUCACAGAGGAUUAAAACUGUGAGCAGUAGUUCCUGUAGUACAGGGUUUGAUUUCUUCAGCCUUUAUUUGCGAGCAAGUCAUUUAACCAAACAGUUCAUGUGGGCUUCUGGGAAUUUGGACUAGACUUCUCAAUGUUCCCCUGCAAUGCAGGCCUCAGUACAGCUGUCAUUGCCCUCAAUGUCAUUACCUGUUUUCUUUAUCAAAGGAAGAUCAGGUCUAGUUCCAUUCCAGAUGUAAAUGUACAAGGGUGUAACCCUGGUUAACAAGAACUCAGAACAUGGUGCUGCUGCUGAAGAUGUUUUUUUCUUUACAUGUUGGCACAUAAUAUGUUAAUUUCAAGCUCAUUACUCGAAGUUGUGGGCUACUUGUCCUUUCCUAAUGUUAUGGUUCCAAAUACAAGACUAUUUUUGAAAAGGGUUAAUGGGUUCCUCAGACAUCUGUAAAGUCAGGAUAGAUAGUCUUUAGAAUGCUUCCUUACCCCAGAGACAGACUUACAAGUGAAUUCUAGUGGUGGUGCAAGGAGAUUGCCCCAAACAAAGGACAGCUAUUUUUUCUUCCUCUGAGUGAAAUCCCAAAACUGACUAGAUACUUAGUUGGGUGUUGCAGCUGAAGUGUAUUUUCAGGCCUGGAAUGAUCUGUGGUCCCUAUACUAGAGAAGGAACAACAUGCUGGAUAUAAAGAGAUGGUUAUUCAGUUGGCUCUUACAGCAUUCAAGACAGCCUUAAAAACAGAGGUCUUUCUGAUAGCAGUGGGUAAUAAAGUUAUGUAGUUUGUCAGCAAGGAGAGUGGUACCAGCACUUGUCCUUUUUGAGGAUUGGAAUGAUAAUCUGUAGGCAGACAAUUCAGGUUGACUUUUUUCACACCAUGGACAUCCAGAGUUAGCUAAGCAUUCUGUCAGCUGUUCUAAGCAGGUACAGGUCAUUCUUCUGUUAGCUGAAACUGCAGAGAUGGACAUUUCUCGUAGUAAAACAAAGGUGAGAACAUCCAGUAAAGCCCCUCUGCUGAAAAACUGUCAUUCUCUGUUCUGACAGACACCGGCACAGCAAAGCAUGGCUGACAAAUAGCUUUUAAACAGUUGGAGAGGAAGCAUGUUGUAUGAUUUCCAUCCAGCUUAUUUCAAUGUGAAAUUGUUGCUGAAGAUAAGAGGAGUCUCUUAAAGCUCCUUAUUGGUCAGGGCAGCUAUGGUUCACUCUUCUAGUUGAGAUUCUGUUGCUCAGCCAUUAAUCCUGCUUCUUCACAAGCUUUCAACCUGGCAAAAGCUCAGAGUCCUGCACCAGAACUUCAUAUUUGUUAAACUUGUGUGCAUGGAAGAUGUCAGGAUAAAAUAUAACACCCAUCUUUUUUCUCUUCUCUUCUGUUAUCUUUUCUGAAAGAUUCCAAAAGACUUUUCAGUAAAAAUCAUAUGUUUUUAAAAGGACCAUAUUUUCUAUUAGGCAUCAAAGUCAAGAUGCAGAUCAAGUCUACCAUGUUCAUUCCCUAAGAUCUUGUAGUAUCUUACAUCAUUGUUAAUACUGUAUGGCCUCUUAAGGCCUCCAAGACACCCUUUCUCUUCUGCCACCAGUUUGAAAUUUGUGGUACAAAACUAUCUUUCCAUCCUUACAGUUGGAUUACAUUUCCUGUUAGUAGUUACCUUAGGUGGAAAUAUUUCUUUAAUAUCUACCUAUGUGUUGGCUCUGCGCACUUUCAUUAAAAAGAUUUUUACAUCACAAUGAACUUCAUUGCAGUGAUUGUAAUGUGCAAACUGGUAUUAACACUUUUCACUGUGUUUUCUCCUUUUCUUAACUGUGGUGUAAUUGUGGAGUUGAUAUUUAUAAUUUCAGGGGGGGUAUGGGGGGGGCUUGUCCCUUGCAAAAAAAAAAUGGUCUACUUCUAUAGGUUUUUCAACUCACCAUUUUCAGAAUUAAAAUUUCAGUAAACGGCAAGUCAAAAAUAGAAUCAACAGCUCAUAGAGUAAACCUUUCUGAAAUACAAACCAUGAUUUAAAAAAAAAUCCUACUCAGUUUUAUGUUUUUUGUUUUUUUUUAAUGAAGGACAUAGUGUUUCUAAGAACUAGUCUCUUCUCCUACCACUCCUGGUUUCCUAAACAGAACACACAUAAAGUGGGCGUGAAAAGACAGCUUAAACGCAAUACUGACAACAGUAAACAUCUUAUGUAGUCUGACCGCUGUUCUUUUAUGGCUGGAAAACAAGAUUGUCCAGGCACUAAACAAGUCAUUUCAAAAUGAUGGGCUGGUUCUGUUUUAUUUUUUGGCCAAUACAGAAAGUUUGUGACUGAGGAUGUUAUAAUUUAUUCCAUAAGGUCAGCAGAAAACACUGUUGCCUUCUUUAAAAUCUGACGGGUGUAAUUCAAGAACACAGCUACUUCCACAUCCAUUUAUACAUUCCGUGAGUAUUGCAAAUUGUAUACCGGUCGAGAAGUAGGGGUGUGCUUAUUUCAGGUGUCCUGCUGUCUUUCUGGGUAUGUGAUAGACCAUGCACCCAUUUGUGAGAGCUUGAGUGUGUAGUGUGUGACACUCUCUCGUGUAUUUGUAUGAGUCCGUUAACACUGACCCUUGUAAUAAAUAUGGUAUAGUUAUGUAAAUGUAAUUAUUGUAACAGCAGAAGUUUGAACACUGAUAUCAUUGCAGGGCGACAGUCUCCCGCCAUCCUGCUGCACCUGUAAAUUGUAGUUCAGAUGAUCUUUUUAUCUAGUAACAACUGGAUGUUAUACUGAAAGUUUAACUCACAAUAUUGGAUUGUUCAGUAUUGCCAUUAUUAAUUUUCUUGCAUUUAGGCCUGAUUUUGGCUUAAGUAACCUUCUCAAAAGCAUUUAUUUGUGUAAUAUCUCUGGUCUCUUACUCUCCCUCUCUGCGAUGUCAAACAAGAGCAGAGUAAGGCACAUUGUGCAGUUGUAUAUAUUGCCAGCCUUUUAAUGAUUGUAUCUCAAACUGUGUUCCUGCAUACGCAUAAGGAUUUUUAACUGCUGAGCAGAUCUGACUGGGGCAAUGAUGUCUACUUUUAGCUAACAUACCACACAUUUAUGUAAUUCUCAUAGCAAUAGCCUCUUUAAUUAAAUAUCUACUGUUUUGAAUGGGGAUGGUCACAUAGCUGUAUUAUCGCCAUAGCAUAAGACAGAAUAAGUUAAACUGCAAGCUUAUGAAAUGUUUUGAGUAAAGAGACAUGCAGCAGGCAGUGGAUAACAGAUAGCUUUACAACAAAGAGCAGUAAAGCCAUGACUGUGACCUAGGCAUCCCAGGUUUGGAGGAGCCAUUGAAUGGAGUUGGAAAUGAGUGGCCACUGUGAGCUCACCCAUUUUAGGGGAUGGAAGUAGAUUGUCAUGUUGCUGUAUUGACCCUUCAGUGGAGGCUGGGGCUUGCUGCAGCAGUGUGAGGUGACAUGUUUUGCCCUUGCUCUAUACCAAACAGUUAACACUGCAGCUGGAAGUUGGAACAUGUACAAAACUGAACGUAUUACACGUCCAGUUUACACAUUCCCACUUCAGUGUUGUUUAUGCUACACCUGCAAGGGGAGAUGUUAGAAUGGCUGAAUAAAAUAAAAAAAUUGUCAUGAUGUAGCACAGCAGCUAAUUAUUUCCCUGGCCUCAUAACAGUUGGGGUCUGUCUUUAACUCAUGAUUGGGAAGAGUGAAACCAGACCCUCAGACCUCUGAAAUGAGGGUUUUCCUGUUGUGAGGUGGCAAGGGAAAAGACCAGAUUCCCUUUGUUACUGUCUAAAUAAGAUUUCCUACCAUAGCAUUAACUCAAGACCUAUGUGAGCUGGCUGAUGGUUGGCAUGUAGGGGGGGGGGAUCAGUAAAAAUUUUAAUAACAGAAUGGAUAAUACUACAUAAAAUUAAAUGAUUUUGCAGCAGCAGGUGUGGUUGUAUUAUAUUUGAAGCUAUCUGCUGUUACUAAGAUUCUGCAGCAAAUUCUCUGAGUAGGAGCAGUAAAGCAAAAUAUGCUUUAUCUGUCUUGUACGAAAGUCAUGUAAACCACUGUCUCCAUUUAGAAUAGCAGAACCAAGCUAUGUGAAAUAUAAAAGGUUAUAGUCUGUGCAGGAAUUUCUUGAAAUGAAGCAAGAUAUGAGAAGGUUGCUUUAUUUAAUUUUGGGUGGGGAUUUUCUUAAAAGUUCAAUAAAGCGAUAUGUUGAGCAAGGAGAAAAUGACUUGUUAUGAUGUACUGUUUGCAUUUUCUUUUAGUGUUGGUUGUUGUCAGUCUAAUCCGAAAAGACUAUGUUAAUUUAAUACAACUUUGAUUAUAGCAUACCAUCUUUGGUUGGACUGCUUCAGAUGUUUGCCCAUGUUUUUUUAAAGAUUUUUUGUAUAAGAAUGAAAAUGAUGUACUUUGAUCAAACUUGGUGGCAGAAUCACUUUGUAUUUUGGUUUAAUUUGCAGAUUCAGUAUUGUGUAGUGCUAAUUAUUAUUAAAUAUUCUGUGUAAUAAUAAGUA